AGUUAUCUGAUCAGUGGACAAGCCCCUAGGCCUGUUGGAAUGAAGAGAAAACGACAAAUGUUAAACCCUUGGAGAUGUGUAUGGUAUGGGAAAAAGCCUAUAGGUUCAUAUUUUUAAAUAAUAUUUCAUCACACCAAUUCUAACAUUUGAUAAAGCGAAAUGGAAUCGGCUAAGAUGGAGAAGAGCCAAGGCACUAGCUGAAGCAAGCCCAAAGCAGCCACUGACACAGAAAAGCCUCCGCCCAGAACGCAGACAGCGAGGUGGACUUCGUCUGGCUUCAACGUCAGCUGGGGCUGCAGGAAUGACGGACAAUAUUGCUUUGCAACCAGUGAGAGACAAAAAAAGACACGACAAUAAAAACAGGAAUGGGUGCUGCCCGUGGUCUCGGUGCUGCGGCAUGGGGGACUUCCGGCCGCGGACGGUGUGGCUGGGCCACCCAGAGAAGAGGGAGCAGAGGUACCCCCGGAACGUCAUUAACAACCAGAAGUACAACUUCUUCACCUUCCUCCCAGGGGUGCUGUUUAAUCAGUUCAAGUACUUCUUCAACUUGUACUUUCUGCUCCUGGCCUGUUCUCAGUUUGUCAAUGAGCUCAGGCUAGGUGCUCUGUACACCUACUGGGUUCCUUUGGGAAUUGUUUUGAUUAUUACCAUUUUGAGAGAAGCAGUUGAAGAGAUCAGAUGUUAUUGUCGAGACAAAGAAGUGAAUUCACAGAUAUAUAGUAAGCUCUCAAUAAGAGGCACUGUGAAGGUGAAAAGUAGUGGCAUUCAAGUUGGAGACCUUAUAAUCGUGGAAAAGAACCAGCGAGUUCCUGCUGACAUGAUCUUCUUAAGGACCUCUGAAAGAAAUGGCUCCUGCUUCCUGCGUACUGACCAACUGGACGGAGAGACGGACUGGAAACUACGCCACCCAGUGGCCUGUACUCAGAGGCUGCCCACUGCUGCUGAUCUUCUCCAGAUCAGAUCCUAUGUGUAUGCAGAGGAACCAAACAUUGACAUCCACAACUUUAUUGGCACUUUCACCAGGGAGGAUGGAGACCCUCCAGUCAAUGAGAGUCUCAGUAUUGAGAAUACCCUUUGGGCCAGCACUGUCAUCGCCUCUGGCACUGUGGUAGGAGUAGUUAUUUACACAGGCAAGGAACUCCGGAGUGUGAUGAACACCUCAGACCCAAGGCACAAGGUUGGCCUAUUUGACCUGGAAGUGAACUGUUUAACCAAGAUCCUGUUUGGGGCUUUGGUGGUGGUGUCUCUGGUCAUGGUGGCCCUCCAACACUUUGCCGGCCGUUGGUAUCUGCAGAUCUUCCGCUUCCUGCUGCUUUUCUCCAACAUUGUCCCCAUCAGCUUGCGUGUGAACCUGGACAUGGGUAAGAUGGUGUUCAGCUGGAUGAUCAGAAGAGACUCUAAGAUCCCUGGUACGGUGGUCAGGGCCAGCACUAUACCUGAACAACUGGGACGCAUCUCCUACCUGCUCACUGACAAAACAGGGACUCUUACCCAGAAUGAGAUGGUGUUCCGUCGCCUCCAUCUUGGAACGGUGGCCUAUGGAAUGGACUCCAUGGACGAGGUGCAGAGCCACGUGUUCAGUGCCUACACACAGCCCUCUCAUGACCUCCCAGCAUCCAGAGUUCCGGCAGCCACUAAGGUUCGUAAGACCAUCAGCAGCCGUGUGCAUGAGGCGGUGAAGGCCAUCGCCCUGGUGCACUGUGUGACGCCCGCGUACGAGGCCAAUGGCGUGACGGACCAGGCCGAGGCAGAGCAGCAUUAUGAGGACACCUGUAGGGUUUACCAGGCUGCCAGCCCAGACGAGGUUUCGCUGGUGCAAUGGACAGAGAGUGUGGGUCUGACCCUGGUCGGACGGGACCAGAACUCCAUGCAGCUGAGGACUCCUAGUGGACAGAUCCUGAACUUCACCAUCCUACAGAUAUUCCCUUUCACCUAUGUUAGCAAGCGAAUGGGAAUCAUAGUUCGAGAUGAGUCUACAGGAGAAAUAACUUUCUACAUGAAGGGUGCAGACGUAGUGAUGGCAGGCAUCGUCCAGUAUAAUGAUUGGCUGGAAGAAGAGUGUGGAAAUAUGGCCAGGGAAGGCCUGAGGGUCUUGGUCGUUUCCAAAAAGUCUCUAACAGAGGAACAGUACCAAGACUUUGAGGCCCGAUAUGUCCAGGCCAAGCUGAGUGUGCACGACCGGUCUCUGAAGGUUGCCACGGUGAUCGAGAGCCUGGAGAUGGAGAUGGAGCUGCUGUGUUUGACAGGGGUGGAGGACCAAUUGCAGGCUGACGUACGGCCCACCCUGGAGAUCUUACGUAAUGCAGGCAUCAAGGUGUGGAUGUUAACUGGAGAUAAGCUGGAAACAGCCACGUGCACGGCUAAGAAUGCUCAUUUGGUGACCCGCAACCAGGAAAUCCACAUCUUUAAUUCGGUGACGACACGAGGAGAGGCCCAUCUGGAGCUCAACGCUUUCAGGAGGAAACACGACUGUGCUCUGGUCAUAUCAGGGGACUCACUGGAGGUGUGUCUGAAGUUCUAUGAGUAUGAGUUUAUGGAGCUGGCGUGUCAGUGUCCUGCCGUGGUGUGUUGUCGCUGUGCUCCGACCCAGAAGGCCCAGAUAGUCCGCCUGCUGCAGGAGCGCACUGGCAAACUCACAUGUGCUGUAGGGGACGGAGGAAACGAUGUCAGCAUGAUCCAGGAAGCCGACUGUGGCGUGGGAGUGGAGGGCAAAGAAGGGAAACAGGCAUCGCUGGCUGCGGACUUCUCUGUGACUCAGUUCAAGCACUUGGGCCGACUCCUCAUGGUCCAUGGGCGGAACAGCUACAAGAGAUCCGCCGGCCUCUCCCAGUUUGUCAUCCACCGGAGCCUGUGCAUCAGCACCAUGCAGGCUGUCUUCUCCUCUGUCUUCUACUUUGCGUCUGUCCCCCUCUACCAAGGAUUUCUCAUUAUUGGCUACUCCACCAUCUACACCAUGUUCCCUGUGUUCUCCCUCGUGUUGGAUAAAGAUGUGAAGUCAGAAGUAGCUAUGCUCUAUCCUGAGUUAUAUAAGGAUCUCCUAAAGGGUCGACCUCUGUCCUUUAAGACCUUUCUGAUAUGGGUCCUAAUAAGUAUCUACCAAGGCAGUAUCAUCAUGUAUGGGGCAUUGCUGCUGUUUGAGUCAGAGUUUGUCCACAUCGUGGCCAUCUCCUUCACCUCUUUGAUCCUCACGGAGCUGCUGAUGGUGGCGCUCACCAUCCAGACGUGGCACUGGCUCAUGAUCGUAGCCGAGCUACUCAGUCUGGCCUGCUACAUCGCCUCGCUCGUCUUCCUCCACGAGUUCAUAGAUGUAUAUUUCAUUGCCACGAUGUCGUUCCUGUGGAAGGUGACGGUUAUCACCCUGGUGAGCUGUCUCCCCCUCUACAUCCUCAAGUACCUGCGCAGACGCUUCUCACCUCCCAACUACUCCAAGCUCACCACUUAGAGAGGGACGAGGAGGCAGCUGUCCCCUCUGCCGCCGCCACCAUACAGUACCUCCAUCCCUGCUUCUGUGCACUGGGAGAGAGGUCUCUGCUUUCACUCCUCCCUACCUCUCUCAUCUAAUGGAGCAUAUCUUUAUUUGGACCUAAAGGGUUCCCUUCCCCUUUAAUUUAUUCUUAAAGGUUAUUGUGUAAUUGGAAGAGAUGGUGUAGGAAGAAAAAAAUAGUUUGAUUUGAGAAGAGAGAAAGUUGUGCAAGUCUACAAUACUUCCCUUGUUUAGAUGUAAAUAUUUGGUAUGUUUCCAGACUGAUUGGAUUGGUGGUUGGAUUGACUAUCGCUGGUUGGGAAUUCCAUGUAGACUGAAGCUGGAACCGUAAUUCUGUGUUUUGCCAUGGUAACGUGUCUAGAAAUGUGUGAAUACCAUCAGGAAAUAGGUUCCAUAAUGUACUAACAGAGGGCUAUGUGUGCCUCUUAAUCAUGGACUGACUCAACAAUCAACAAUAUAGGAAAUAUAGAAAUCCUGUUUGGUAUCUAAACAUCAGGCCUAUAGAACUGUAACAAGGAACGCCUGCUUGGAUUUGACUAACAUACUUGCAUAAAAAAAUAACACAUGCUUGUCAGUCUGAAAUGCAUUGAAUUGGUAAUUAUGUUUUAAUUGCACAUAUUUCUUAAAACUAAUCGUUGUAGUUACAUUGGAAAUAUAGUGGGAAAUGUAAUCAUUUUAUAUUCCCCCCAUAAAAUUUUGACAUGCAGUAUUCUGUAAUAGUUACAUUACAGAUACAAAAAACUUUAUGGCACAAUCUGUUAAUGGAUAACAUUGUUAUUGAAGUAGCAUUUCUCAAGGACUUUAUGCAAUUUGAUGUUAAAAACAGUUCUGAGGUUUAAAGAUGGAUGCGUGAACUGAUCAGUUCUGUUUGUGUAUGUGUUUGUGCGUCACUUAACGACUAUAACCCUACCAAGUGGAGGUGGCUUGGUGGUUCAAUAUAGCAUGAUAACCCACAGGCUCAGAUGUCAAAGUGUGUGUGUCUGUCAUUUCGUACUUCAGGGCGGCGAAUGUUAAAACAGUUUGUCUAAACUGAAGAGCAUGGUCAAUAUUCAGCCACUAACAUGAUGCUAUUUGUAGCCAAGACGUAUAUUCCACUUUGGCCCCCGGAUUAGCUGUGUCCUCUAGGCCAGGGAGUCCGUAGGCUACCCUGUCAUGUGGCCACUGCCCACUCCUGACACCAGUUCUGGCCACACUGUAUCAUUCCAUGAUUCACUUUAGUUGUGACAUGAAGCCAAUUCAAGCCAUAGCUGAAAAUACUCUGACCACUGUCCGGUUGACCCCUCGCCUACCCCCACAAUUCCCACUGCUUCUCCCCACAGACACAGACAUGUCUGGAAUAGAAAAUAACACUUCACCUGCUCAGAGUGGAUGGCCCAGGAGAAUGUGUUGACGUUCAAUAUGUAUUAGUACACAUUUGAAAAAAAAAGAAUAAAUUCCUCCCAUACUGUUCCUCCCAUUCAGUAAAUUCAGAGACUGGUACUAAUGACAUUGUGUUGUAUUAUCUCCAUUUAUAUUAUUUUAGCUUAUUUGAUGCAUUAUAAAGAUGUUGCCUAAUACCAUGACAGGGUUACUGUUAAAAUGUGUGAAUUAUUUGAGUCCAAGAAUGCAUGCCGUGUGGCAUAACUACUAAUUCACUGCUUUUAUUGUACAGUUCCCACUGGACACAGAUGUACAUUUCAUUGAAAUGGCAUGAAAACAACGUUGAUGGAACCAGUGUGUGCCCAGUGUGUUGGAAUUACAGGCAUUUUGUAUUGUGUAAUCUACUGUACAUCUCCUUAUUUUAGUUGACGUUUCAAACAUUGAAACCAUUUGAAUUUUGACAUGCCUUUUUUGCACAGAGUUUUGUUAGCACUGACAACUACUUUCUUUUAUAAUGUGGACUUUGGAGGUUUCAAACCAUCAAUUGUGGUAGAAUGACACUGCAUAAUUGUAAAUAACCUGUUUUUAUUUAUUAACCUUGAUCAUUUUGUGUUGGUAUAAUUGCACUCUUAUCAGCAGAACAACAAGGAGGAUAGUAUUGAAUUGUGGAUAUCAGUGGUGAUCAAAUAAAUCUAAUGUUUUUUCCUUUCUAGUCACUGAACCUUCAUUGUCAUUACUCUGAAAUCCCUUUUAAAAGUAUUUUAAAAUAUGUUUAGCUUUGUGUGAGUACAUUUUUUUAUUUUUUAUUUUAUUUUUAUUCCUCAAGUAAAACUGUAAGACUGAGGCUGUACUGUAGUGGAAAUCUUCCUUAUGUAAAUCAGUGUGUCUCAUUUUCACCAGAGGAGGGAGUCCCUGACACUCAACACAGGCUGCUCUCCUCUACAGUCAGCCACACUUUCCGAUGAGCAGAUCCUGUAGCCUUCACUGUGGAAGGGUCAGUCUAUGCCCUGUCACUUUGACCAUGUAAUGUCAGAUAGGGAUUUUAUCAUGAUAGGUAACUAUGGGAUUUAGUUCAUCUGAUAAAAUUCAGUUGGUAUAAAAUAAAUUUUACAUCAUAAUCUUCGCAAAUAAUAAUUGAAUCUCACACCAAGUUAGAACAUGCACAAGUUAAAAUGUAUUGAAUCUCCCAAGAUUUUGUAUUCGUCCCAGAAAUGAUUUUAGUUGGAACCAAGCCUCAGCCCAAUCUGUAAACACUACUGUGUUCAUAAUAAAAUCCUGCUUCUCCA